CCCCUUCAAACUACAGACAUAAAUCCCCCUCCCCCCAUGCCCCUCACUUCCUUAUGUAAUGCAAUAAUCGGGUUCAGAUUGUUGUCCAUUCACAGGCUCGGCUUCACUUGUCCAGAGAAGGCUUAAAGAACAUUUCUCCACUGUUUCGGUGAUUUAAGAGUUAAUCCAUGGGGAGAAUCCCAGGAAUUCCACUUCUGCUUCUGGUGGUGAGUGUGUCCCUCCUGACAAGUCCCACUGUCCAGGGUGGAAAGAUUCUGGUGUUCCCCGUGGAUGGCAGCCAUUGGGUCAACAUGAACCUGCUGAUCCAGAGCCUCCACGACAAGGGCCAUGAGGUCACUGUGGUCCGCACAGCCACUAGCUGGUACAUCAAAGAAAACGCACCACAUUACCGCUCCAUCACUAUCACCCUACCAGAAGCCAUCGUCAUAGAGGAGCAAGACUUCUUUGUGAGCUUCCUUGCCAAGAUGCUGGCGAUUCAGAAAGGGGGGGGGUCUCCUAUCGCCUUUGCAAACUUCUACUGGGAAAUGCUCAGUACGCUGUCAAAAAUUCACCAACAGGCCAGCCAGCUGGGGGUAGAAAUGUUUGAGAACAAGACUCUCAUGCAGAGCAUUCGUGACACUCAGUUUGACGUGGUUCUUCUGGAUCCGGGAUUGCCAGUGGGAGUUCUAGUGGCUCAUGAACUUAGGCUGCCAACUGUUUUUAACGUGAGGUGGAUCACCAGCGGAGAAGGGCAUUUUGUGGUAGCUCCAUCUCCAUCAUCCUAUGUUCCAACUUCAGGAUAUGCUGCGUCGGAUAAGAUGACCUUUGUGGAAAGGGUCAAGAACAUGUUGCACUAUGUCCUCAACACAUGCAUUGACAAGUUUAUAGUAUGUCCUCACUAUGAUAGAAUGGUAGACAAAUAUUUUGGUCCAGAUGUGAAUUUCUAUCACCUUCUACAAGGAGCAGACAUCUGGCUCAUGAGGGUGGACUUUGCUUUUGAAUUCCCAAGACCCACCAUGCCAAACAUCGUCUAUAUUGGAGGUUUUCAGUGUAAGCCCUCUAAGCCUUUAUCAUCAGAGCUGGAGGAGUUUGUCCAAAGUUCAGGAGAGCAUGGAUUCAUCUUGAUGUCCCUUGGUACACUGGUCAAAGGCCUACCUAAAGAAAUCACUUCUGAAAUCGCUGCUGCCUUUGCGCAAAUUCCUCAAAAGGUCAUAUGGAGGCAUGUAGGUGAGCCCCCCGACAAUUUGGGCAACAACACCCUACUGGUAAAAUGGAUGCCCCAGAACGACCUCCUGGGCCACCCAAAGAUUAAAGCCUUUGUGGCCCAUGGUGGUACUAAUGGGAUCUAUGAGUCCAUCUACCAUGGAGUGCCGAUUGUAGGCAUACCCCUUCUGUUUGACCAGUUUGAGAAUGUUUUGAGAAUGGAGGCUCGUGGAGCGGCUAAGGUGGUGCAAGCGACCAAACUCACUCGCCAGAACUUUCUGGAAGCAAUACAAGAAGUUCUUCAUAAUCCUUCCUAUAGAAAUAACAUGAAGCGUCUCUCAGCUAUCCAUCGGGAUAAACCAAUGCAUCCUCUAGACACGGCCGUUUACUGGAUUGAGUUUGUUAUGAGGAACAAAGGAGCGUCACAUUUACGCACUGAGUCUUACAAGAUGCCCUGGUAUGCUUAUUAUUGUGUGGAUGUUGUAUGCUUUUUGUUAGCAGUCCUGCUGAUGAUUACAGCCAUUGUAGUGGGAUCAAUACGAUUUCUUUGCUUUAAACUGUGCAGGAGGAGAAAACCCAAGCAGGAGUAGUGACUGACUCCUCACAUCAGAUUAGAGUUCAUUAACAUAAUAAUAACUUGAAUUUUAUGGCGCCAUUGCUUUAGGGAUGAUGAUGUUUGUCUGUCCUGGACUGAAAGAUCUCACUAGUGAGAUGCCAUUCAUUUGUACAGACAUUCAUUCACUCCUAAGAACUGUUUUUGGUAAACCAUGUGGAUGACAUUUUUGGUUUUGAGUGACAUGUCUCUGCAACUGUUGGAUGGAUUUUAACGUAGGAUUUAUUAUGGUAAUCCCUAAUUAUUUUGAUCUCCCGACUUUUCCUCUAGCACCAUCAGCAGGUCAAAGUUUUCUCUUCUCCAGUAAAAUAUCAACAAGAUAGUUUAGCACCAAAUUUUAUACAAACAAUCAUGGAUCCCAGACAAUGAAUCCUAAUGACUUUGGUGAUCCAUUGACUUUUCUCCUAUGAGUAUGACAUUUGAGGUUUUGAGUGAAAUGUCUUGACAGCUAAGUACUGCUUUCAUUGACAUGAAAUUUGGUUCAGAUAUUCAUGGCAGUCUCAUGAUGUAUUGUAAAAAUCCCUUAAAGGUACAAUGCGUAAAAUAUGGCCAGAUUCAAAAUAUUUACUAACAUUAUCAACAGAAUGUAAAGAAGUGACAAUUCUGUUGUUGUAUCACAAACGUCAAUGUAUUGUGUAGGAGAUAUCUACUGAAAUGAGCAUGCUAAUCAGCUAGCUUCAGCCCAUCCUUUGUUGUGAUACCACUUUUUCCUGUAUGGAACAUGUGGUCAGGAAUUACACAUUGUACCUUUUAACGUUUCAUCUUGCUGGUUUAUGACCAGCUAAACUAAUGACACUGCCCUCAGCCUCAGCUGUACUUUGUAUUCAGUGCUAAUCGGCCAAUGUUGGCAUGCUAUCAUGCUAAAUUUAAAUGGUGAACAUGGUAAAUAUUGUACCAGCUUAAUAUUAGCAUGUUAGCAUUGAGCGUGCUGACAUUAACUUUAACUCUCAGUCGUGUUAAAGAUUUACAUCUGCAGUAGGAACCAAUGCACUUGAAGCUGAGUGACAGGGUAGGAAAGUUGGAAAGUACAGAGAGACACACACAGUGCGUUUUGGUCUGUUGUCUGCAUAUGUUUAUAGUAAUGAAAACCAUGCAGCCUCAUCCUUUAACUGGACAUGCACACAGAAAAUGUAACUGAGCUACCUUAUUUCCUGUAUUUCAAAAUGAAAGCUGCAACUUUAUGUUGUGUAUUGUCACUUGAAGAAAGACAAUGCAGUCUGUUAUAUCUAUCCACAUUUAUAGUUGAAAAUUUAAAAUAAAAAAGUAAGAAAAGAAACAAA